AUGAGAAAGAAAUCUCGGCUGACACUAAGUGCAACACUAAGAGAAAACUUCACUGUUAAAGAAUUUUAUUUUGAACAGGUGCUGGAGGAAAAUUCAAAUGCCACUGUGGAUGAAAUCCAGACUGCACUGAAUGAACAUACUUUAAUUAUUCUGAACAAUCGAGUGAACAACAGGGUUUCCCAGGUGAAAAAUGUGAGUGACUGCAAGGAUAAAUUGAUAGGAGACUUCUGGAAAAAUCAGAUGAAAUCAAGAAAGUGUCCGAACUGCCAAGCUGGUAAAUCAGUUGUGCGGAAAGAACACAACAGCAAACUAAUUGUGACAUACCCCACAACUGCUCUGAAAGUCAAAGAGAAUAAAGAUACAGACGAGGCUGUCAAAGACAGUGGAGGUCUUGAUGAUUCGCUGUUAGGAAAACGAGGAUUUCUGACUCCCACUACUGCCAAAGAUCACAUGUCGGAACUGUGGAAAAAUGAUGGCUUCUUCCUGAAAUAUUUAUUUCCUGGCUUGAGAAUACAUGGGAACACUAAGUCCAGCUGGAACCUUGAUAUGUUUUUUCUGGACGUUGUUGUUGUACCUCCUUCCAGAUUUCGCCCAGUCAAUCGGCUUGGAGACCAGAUGUUCACCAAUGGUCAAACGGUUAAUCUACAAGCUGUAAUGAAAGAUGUUCAAGUGAUACACAAGCUUCUGGCUCUAAUGGCACAGGAGCAAGUCAAGACAGUGCAGUCCAUUCAGACUGAGAAGAUAUCAGAAAUACCUGUUCCAGACGAGAACACACCAACCAGGAUGGACCUUGCCUUUUUAGCUGGUAUUCCUGGGCAGACGUUGACAGACAAACUCUACAGUGCCUGGAUACACCUUCAAAGUCAUGUCAACAUUGUUUUUGACAGUGAUAUGGAUAAGCUGAUUACAGACAAGUUUCCAGGUAUCCGUCAGAUCCUGGAGAAGAAGGAUGGCCUCUUCCGCAAACACAUGAUGGGAAAACGUGUGGAUUAUGCAGCCCGUUCAGUCAUCUGUCCUGACAUGUACAUCAAUACCAAUGAGAUUGGUAUUCCAAUGGUUUUUGCUACAAAGCUGACCUAUCCUCAGCCAGUGACACCAUGGAAUGUGCAGGAGCUGAGGCAGGCAGUAUUAAAUGGGCCGAAUGCACAUCCUGGGGCUUCUAUGGUAAUCAAUGAAGAUGGGUCUCGUACGAUUCUGAGUGCAUCCAACCCAACCCAGAGAGAAGCCAUUGCCAAACAACUGUUAACACCAAGCACUGGUGAAUUGAGCUUAGGCAUGAAAAUUGUGUGCCGGCAUAUUAAGAACGGAGAUGUUCUGUUGCUGAACCGUCAACCCACUUUGCACAGGCCAUCCAUCCAAGCCCAUCGGGCCCGGAUCCUACCGGGAGAGAAGGUCCUGCGGCUUCACUAUGCAAACUGUAAAGCCUACAAUGCUGACUUUGACGGUGAUGAAAUGAAUGCACACUUUCCACAGAAUGAACUUGGCCGAGCAGAGGCUUAUGUAAUUGCCAGUACUGACGAACAGUAUUUGGUUCCCAAGGAUGGGAAACCUUUGGCAGGUUUAAUUCAGGAUCACAUGGUUUCUGGCACCAGUAUGACAAUCCGUGGCCGUUUCUUCACGCGGGAACAGUACAUGGAGCUUGUUUACCGAGGCCUUACGGAUAAAAAGGGCCGGGUGAAGAUUCUUCAACCCGCGGUGCUUAAACCAUUUCCACUCUGGACAGGAAAGCAGGUUGUUUCUACGUUGCUGAUUAAUAUAAUUCCCAAAAAUCAAAUACCAUUGAACUUAAUAGGGAAAUCUAAAAUCAGUGGCAAGGCUUGGGUUAGAGAAACUCAGCGCACGGUGGCAAAUUUUGAUCCGGAAUGGAUGUCCGAGUCCAAGGUUGUCAUUCUGGAAGGAGAGUUGCUGUGUGGUGUUCUGGACAAGGCACAUUAUGGAAGCUCAGCCUAUGGCUUGGUCCACUGCUGUCAGGAACUGUAUGGUGGUGAGAUAAGUGGAAAAGUACUGACCUGUCUGGCUCGUCUCUUCACUGCUUACCUCCAGCUGUAUAGAGGAUUUACUUUAGAUGUUGAAGAUAUUCUAGUGAAGCCCAAGGCAAAUCUGAAGAGGCAAAAAAUCAUUGAAGAGUCAACGCAGUGUGGAGCCAAGGCUGUCCGAAAAGCUUUUAACUUACCAGAGUCUGCCUCGUGUGAUGAAGUUCGGGACAAAUGGCAGAAUGCUCACCUCAGUAAAGAUCCCAAGGACAUGAAUGUGGUGGAUUUGAAAUAUAAGGAAGAAGUGAAUUUAUACAACAACCAAAUUAACAAGGUAUGUAUGCCCCUGGGUCUUCAUAGACGAUUUCCAGACAAUAACUUGCAACUCAUGGUGCAGUCUGGUGCCAAAGGUUCAACUGUUAAUACGAUGCAGAUUUCAUGCCUCCUUGGUCAGAUUGAGCUAGAAGGAAAACGUCCUCCACUGAUGCCAUCUGGGAAAUCAUUGCCCUGUUUCCAACCUUAUGACUUCACUCCACGUUCAGGCGGUUUUGUUACUGGCCGAUUCCUGACUGGUAUUAGUCCUCCGGAAUUUUUCUUUCACUGUAUGGCUGGCAGAGAAGGUCUGGUGGACACAGCUGUAAAGACCAGCCGUUCUGGAUAUCUUCAAAGAUGCAUUAUAAAACAUUUGGAAGGGCUGGUGGUACAAUAUGACCUGACAGUACGAGACAGCGAUGGCAGUGUUGUACAGUUCUUGUACGGUGAAGAUGGUUUGGAUAUUCCAAGAACCCAGUUCCUUCAGCCAGGGCAGUUUCCCUUUAUUGCUGCUAACUAUGAGGGGAUCAAAAAGUCAAAGCACUUGGAAGAGGUUUUAAGCAAACUUGAUUCACAGGCUGCAAGCAAGUGGCAUAAAGCAAUAAAGAAAUGGAAGGCAAAGCACCCGGAUUCUGUUCCUCGUCUAGGCGCAUUCCUGCUCUAUUCACAGAAGAAGUGGAAUAAGAUCAAGAAUAUGAACCCAGAAGGAGAAUGGGUAAAUACCAGAGAUCCUGCAACUCAACAAUUGCUAGAGAUUUGGAGGUCGCUGGAUGAAAAGAGCAAGUUUAAAUACUUGAAGAAGUCUGCUUGCUGUCCCGACCCUUGUUUGUCGGUUUAUCGUCCAGACAUUUAUUUUGGCUCAGUUUCAGAAAACUUCAGUGAUACUGUGGAUAGAUAUUUCACUGACCAGGAGGGCAAAGAAAUCAGUUGCUACAGCAAGUCGGACCUCCCACUGGAUCGGUAUUUAUUAAAGGAUGACCAUGACGUUCAGGGUGAAGAUGAAGCUCCAAUCAUUGAUGCUGAAGCAGAAGAAGGAGAUGCUGAUGCAACAGAAGCUAAAAGGCGUGAAAAACAGGAGGAGGAGAUUGAUUAUGACAGCGCAGAAGAGGAGGCUGGAGAUAGUGCAGAUGAACCAGAAGAAAAAGAAGAUGAAGAUUUUUCACGUAGCGAGCAAAAUGAAGUCACAGAUCAAAACCUUUUGGAAUAUCCUUGUAAUUUUACGAAGAUCACCAAAGAAAAGAGGAGAAGAAAGCAGGCUGCCACAGAGACCAUGGAUGAGCUGAGAGUGAAUGCAGUCAUGAAUUUACAUUCUGCUGUUGAAGAUUAUAAAUAUGAUGCAGCAGACAGUCUUUGGUGUGAGGUUAACAUGAAGCUUCCCGUUAUGAAAGUGCACUUUGACCUGUCCUCGUUGGUGAUGUCAAUAGCACAAAACGCAGUUGUCUAUGAAACUAGAGGAAUCACCCGUUGCCUCUUAAAUGAAACAACCAACAGAAGAGGAGAGAAGGAAUCGGUUUUGAACACAGAGGGAGUAAAUUUCACUGAAAUGUUCAAAUAUGGUGAUACUUUGGACCUCAAUCGCUUGUAUUCAAAUGACAUCCAUGCCUUUGCCAACACAUACGGUAUUGAAGCUGCUCUAAGAGUCAUAGAGAAAGAAAUAAAAGAUGUUUUUUCUGUAUAUGGCAUUGAAGUGGAUCCUCGCCAUCUUUCUCUUGUGGCAGAUUACAUGUGUUUUGAUGGUUCAUACAAGCCAUUUAAUCGAAUUGGCAUGCAGUCAAGCUCUUCACCCCUUCAGCAGAUGACCUUUGAAACCAGCUAUAAGUUCUUAAAACAUGCAGCUAUGCUUGGUUCUCAUGAUGAAUUGAAGUCUCCAUCAGCCUGCCUGGUGGUGGGGAAAGUAGUCCGUGGUGGCACUGGCCUUUUUGACCUGAAGCAGCCUCUUAGAUGAACGCUCUUUUCUGAUUUCUCAUCUGACUAAGAACUACUGUUAAAAGUGGACAUCAAUGGAAUAUUUUUAUUUGUGUAUAUUUUGCAUAUUUUAUAAAAUACGGAAUUGAAAGAGACAAAUAAGGAGACAAGUGUCUGUACUACAAGCCUCUCCACAGCAACAAGUGAUGAACUAGCACCUACAACUUCAAGUUGCUUUGACCUGCUUCUAAUUGCAGUACAAAAGAGCAGCCAAAUUUCCAUAAGGAGGGAGAAGAAAUUUUAUUAAAGUCUCACACAAGUUGCAAUUAGAUGUUGGAAGCCAGUAGGAGCAAACUCGAGGAUGUUUACACAUGAUAGCACUAGUUGACAGCAUUUACUGUCUUCCUUUGUGGAGAAGUAUGAACCUCAGUCCUGUGUCCAGGAAUAGUGAAUUAAAUUUCACUGGCCAUUAAGCGUGAAACUUUUUUUCGAUAGACAUGGCUUUUCGUGAAGCUGUUGUCACGGUGCAAGUCUUGUUGCAGAGCCAUCUUUACAUGAAUUAGAGAAUUAAAUACAUAAUCUGCUUCAUAUUCUCAAUCAGGUCCUGACUGGCUUGUAGCACCUGAAGCAGCUGAGUUCUGUCAUAGGACAGUGGCAGGUUUCUUCUGCGUAAUUUCCUGGUCCUUUUCAUCUUCCUUGGAAGACUGCUCCCAUUCCCCCUGCUCCUCAGUAUCUAUCAGGUCGCCACUUUGCCUGCUCCAGUUGUGCAGAGCACAGUACACCAGGAUGAUGUGGCACACUGUGCGCUGCAGCACCACCACUACCAACACCAGCUGCCCACCCCACCAAAAACUAUACCUUCAGCAGCCCUAUAGUCAGGUCCACCAUGGCUCUGUUGUGGCAUAGGCACCAAGUCGGUGAAGGUGCUAUGCCAGCUGAGUGACCAACACAUUACAUCAAACUAGAAGUGCCUACUGGUAAGCCCCUUCCCAUCCCAGACCCACGUCAACCGUGAAACUUAUCAUUGAUUUCAGUACAGCUCAUCAAGACACUGACAUGACAAAUGAUAAAGUGAUGUUCCACUCAUCCCACAGCAUCGUUGCAAGUUUCAAGGGUGAUGGGAUGCUUUUGGCCAAUGUUUUAAGUCAUUGCCACAAACUUCUAAAUCACUGCAAUGUUAAAUUUAGAUUUGCAAGCACCAAUGGAGCAGUGCAGUUCACCUUUGACCAGCAUUUGAAACAAAGACGCAUUCAAUCUGUG